GGAGAAGAAAAGAAGGCGAAUAGAGGACCUGACAGACAAGUUAGUGGCGAACGCUUAUGAAAGGUCCCUUUCUCUGCCCGGCUGAAGGCUCGCGUUAGGGCAGUGAGGCCAGGAGACGUGAAAAUUCACAUAUUUAAAAUGGCAGUAGAUGGCGGCGCCUGCGACUGGGACGGCCGGUGGAAUCACGUGAGGAAGUUCCUGGAAAGACCCGGUCCGUUCACACAUCCGGAUUUCGAGCCAAGCACAGACUCUCUGCAGUUCCUGUUGGAGAAGUGCAAGAUAUUGGUCAUCGGCGCUGGCGGGCUAGGCUGUGAACUGCUCAAAGAUCUGGCCCUGUCUGGGUUCCGACUCAUUCAUGUGGUUGAUAUGGACACUAUUGACUUGUCCAACCUCAAUCGGCAGUUUCUUUUCAGGUCUAAGGAUGUCGGACGACCAAAAGCAGAAGUGGCAGCAGACUUCAUUAACAGUCGCGUCCCUGGAUGUAAAGUUGUCCCUCACUUCAAAAAAAUCCAGGACUUUGACGAGUCCUUCUACAGGCAGUUCCACAUCAUCGUGUGUGGACUGGACUCCAUCAUUGCCAGGCGAUGGAUGAACGGCAUGCUGAUAUCUAUACUCUGCUAUGAAGACGGAAUACUGGAUCCGAGCUCCAUCAUCCCCCUCAUUGAUGGGGGCACUGAAGGCUUUAAAGGAAACGCGCGUGUCAUUCUACCUGGCAUGACAGCUUGCAUCGACUGCACGCUUGAGCUGUACCCACCGCAGGUUCAUUUCCCCAUGUGCACCAUCGCGACUAUGCCGAGGCUUCCUGAACAUUGCAUAGAAUAUCCUCGAAUAUUCCUCUGGCCCAAAGAAAAGCCGUUCGGAGAAACGAGUUUAGACGGAGACAAUCCUGAGCAUAUCCAAUGGGUGUUCGAGAGAGCGCGGGAGCGAGCCGCUCAAUUCAACAUCACAGGAGUCACAUACAGGCUCACGCAAGGUGUCGUGAAGAGGAUCAUUCCUGCUGUGGCGUCGACAAACGCCGUCAUCGCUGCUGCCUGUGCAAGUGAAGUUUUUAAAAUUGCUACAAGCGCAUAUAUUCCUUUAAAUAAUUACCUGGUGUUCAAUGACGUGGAUGGGCUGUACACUUACAGCUUUGAAGCGGAGAGAAAGGACAACUGCUCGGCGUGCAGCCAGGUACCUCAAGACCUUCAGUUCCCACCAUCUGCAAAACUACAAGAGGUGCUGGAGUACUUGACGGAGAACGCUUCCCUACAAAUGAAAUCUCCAGCUAUCACUACAACGCUGGAAGGCAAAAACAAGACUCUAUACCUGCAGUCCGUUAAAUCCAUCGAGGAACGAACGAGGCCAAACCUCUGCAAAACUUUGAAAGAGCUGGGCUUGUCGGACGGCCAGGAAAUCGCUGUGGCGGACGUCACCACCCCGCAGACGGUCCUAUUCAAGCUCAAUUUCACCGCCUGAAAGCACUGACGUGAUGUUCCGCUUCACCGAUGUUACUGUAGCGCAUUAAUCUGAUUAUGAGUGUAAAUAGGUAAAGUAAAUCCGCACGGGUCUGAAAAAAUUAGUCAUAUUGUUUACUUGUGUGUGGGUGCCUAUUGUAGUUCUUCCUGUUCAUCGAAAUAAAAUGACUGCACUGUAAUUCCGGUUCAUACGACGGAGUAUUAGGGCCAUGCAGAGAAAAAAAAUAAAAGUUGUAAUCAGAAGUCGACCGAUAUAGGAUUUUCAAAGGCCGAUAUCGAUUUAAUUAGAAAAAAAAUUGCAGAUUUCAUAAGCCGAUAUUUGAGCCCGAUGACUUUUUUUGUUUUUAAUGGGCGUUGCUUAUGAGGAGAAAAAUUGAUGACGUGUCGUCCCCGGGUUACGAUAUAUUCGACUUACGUGAUUUCGACUUUACAACGCCGGAGUCUCGUCCGCCAUUUUGUCUCCAGUCUUUUUUUAAUUAUUUUUUUAAGUGUUUUUUUUUUUUUUUUUAGUAGCGUAACAGUGUAGAGUGUGUGGUUGACAUCUGUAUUUUUCUCACUGUAACAGCUGUCAAGUUUCCCUGCAAAAAUUUGUUUCUCCAAUGAGAGGAGCUGUUGUCUCAGUAAGGUUAAUUGAAAAUUUUCACAAUGCACAUCUUUUUUUUUUGUUUUUUUUUUGCUUGCAUUGUUUUUGUUUUCCUGUUAUCGUUGUACAAUUGUUGGGACUAUGUUGUUAAUUAUAAUCUGUUUACAAGUUAAAUUAAAAUGGGGAAAUAUAUGUUACACUCGAUCAGGUUGCUUUCUGUUUCCUACUAAAGAAGUAGAAUCCGAUACAGCAAGCAACGGUGUGGCAUGGGCAGAUCGACCUCGUCUGAGUUGAAGAAAAUAAGCUCUAAAUAAGCUUCAUAAUUCACAUCGACUUACCUGUUUGUUCACUAGCAGGCCAAAGUGUUCUGCGGUGUGUCUUUGGUUUAAAAGUAGAACGACAGUAAACAUCAGUGAAAGAAGAACUCUUGUGUCUCCCAUUGUGACAAGUCGGCAUUCUCAGUGUACGUUUUUCACCACCCAGCAGCACUGAUGGUAAGUACUCUUAUUUUAUUAAUAUGACCUAUAAUUAGGGCUGCAGCUAUCGAAUAUUUUAGUAAUCGAGUAAUCGACUGAAAAUUCUAUCGAUUAAUCGAGUAAUCGGAUAAAACAAAUAUAUUUUUAGGUGAUGAGCAAUUAUAAAUAUACAUGAGGAAACAAGAUAUUUCAUCUAAUCUUGAACCAUUUUCAGUCAAUCGCUGUCUUUAUUUUCGAUGUAUAUUGUUGAAAACAGCCAACAGUUGCAUCUCAGAUGUAACUAGAAUAAAAAAAAAGACUAAUUCAUUGCUUUCACUCAAAAAACUUUUAGAUCUUAUUAAAAAAUAAAUAAAUACAGUAUAUAGAGGGUACCCGCGGGUUAUUAAAAGUAUUGAAAAAAGCAUUGAAUUUAGUUUUCCAUUAUUAAAGGUAUUAAAAGUAUUAAAUUAGCUGUCGUAAGUCUGGAAUUUUUUCACCGUAGUUUUAAUUUUGAAGAACAUCUCAGUGCAACCUAAAUUAUAUCCGUGACAAAGUUUUUUUUUUUUUAACCGUAACGAAGAUGACGCGUAGAAUUUUUACGAUGCACUGCACUACAAAUCAUAAUGCACCUUGUGCGUGCGCGCUGUUAGCAUCAUUAGCAUCAACAUCACAACAGCAGGCAAUCGCACAGUACUGUGUGCUAAUGUAAGGAACUGCUCAGAUGCCUUAGUUGUUAUGUUUGACGAAAGCCUCAACAAGACAACCAAGUCCAAACAGUUGGACCAGCAUGUGAGGUAUUGGAUCGGCGACCAAGUCGCAUCCAGAUACUUUGGGUCGCAGUUUAUGGGUCAUGCGAGGGCAGUGGACCUGCUUAACAUUUCAAAGUAAGUUGCCAAUUUCUCCAAUUAAAAUGUGUUAGAUGCAAUAGUGUAUUUUUGCACGGUUUGCUUUUCGAAUGAAUGUGAAUUUCGUAGUUUUAACUCAACAGUUAGCCAUGUUCAAUGGGGUAUUGAACAUGGGUAGCCUUCGCAUGGAUAAACCAGAGUCGUAGAUCCACCAUCACCCACAGAUACACAACACGGUUGACACUAUUAUUGGAACGAGUGCGGGGUAACGUUGAUCUGAAUAACAUGGCAUGGUGAUAGGCAAAUUAUAAUGUAGGUGAUAGUAAAACACCUCCUGGUAUAUUUAAAUGUUUUUCUUGAUUGAAUAAGAGUAUGGAUUUUCUCUAUCUGAUUAAAAGAAAUGUCUUCAAUAGCUAACAAAGGAUUAACAUGUGUUUUGUAUACUUCUUGUAAUGUGAUUAGAAAAAAACAAUUACCAAGGGAAAUGGUCAUGUGUAGCUUUUUUAUUUUGUGGUAAUUAAUGGUAAACUACUGCCAUUUAGUGGCUGUUUUUUCAACUUUCACUGCCAAUUGGAAGAUUUUCCCAAGCACUUUACAGUUAAGGUGACCAACUUGACAAUCACCAACCUACCAACUUGACUAGGUCCUCUUAAAAGGGAAACCUGUUGUAUUGCAAAUGUAAUUUCUGAAGUUGCUUUACAAAAAUAGUGUAAAAUCCAUUUUAUCCCGGGGGAAAAAAAUCUGAAAGACCUUAUAUUUAAAUGUGUUUUAAUUGUACCUUCGGUAAAUGGGCAUUAUUUUUUUAAUAUGAUUCAAUAUUAUCUAAAUAAUGGGUGCGAGAAAAGUAUUAAUUUUCAGUUGAAAUGGCAUUAAAAAAGGUCUUAAAAGUCUUGAAUUUAGAUUUAUCAAUCCUGGGGGGACCCUGUAUCUCUCUCUCUUUGUGUAUAUAGAUUAUAUAUAUAUAUAUAUAUAUAUAUAUACACACAUAUAUAUGUGUGUGUGUAUAUAUAUAUAUAUAUAUAUAUAUCUUACCUAAAAAUGCCGUUACGCUUGAUAACACACAUCACUUAAAAGUUAGGAUUUCUUCCCACAUGUUUCAAUUGAAUUUCUAUUUGUGUCAAGCCAUUUUUAAGUUCUAGUUAAGUUUUAAGUUAGUCUAAACUGUAAGUCCUGAUAGGAUUUGGAGUUUUUGCAGUGUUCAAAAUAAAUGUAUGAUACAGGCUCUAUUGGAGCACAUUAGGGACCAGUGCUACUUGGUGUUUUCUCCAGCAAUGAUUACUGAGCUAAAAUUCAUAGUUAGCAUUAUUGUUUUUAUUUUACACUCUCAUCACUCCACAACGCUAUGUUAUGUUAAAGCCUGUAUGUAAGACACGUAAGCCACGCAUCGACAGUGGUCAUAAUUAAUAGAAACCUAGCCCUCCCGUGGCUAACGUUACAUGAGUUAGUGACAGUAAUGUUAAUCUUAUUUCUUCUUCUUUUUUUGUUUAUUGGCAGUUUACCACUCGGUACCAUGGGGCAUUACUUAAUCUUAUUUAUUAGCGCUUAGCGCUCUUUAUCAGCGCGUUUACUAACACUGCCCAGACGCGGCUGAGUCUGUCAUGACGCAUCUAGUUUAACAUACAUGUGAUCUCUGAGACGCAUUAGACGCUACCUGCUACCAACGUAGCAUCGUGCGGACUAGUAUUUAGCAACGUCGGUGUCGUUUGUAGCGGCUGUCGGCUGCAGUAUUUUAUUUUUUGCUUCUUCCAUUACGCACGUGACAUCAGCGCGUUGUCCCGCAUUAAAAGUAGUCCGAGCAAAACGUGAUGCUUAGAGCUGUCAAACGAUUACUCGAGGUGAAUAAAAUUACUCGGAUCAGUUUUUAAACUCAAGUUACUCGAGUUGCUCGAGUAUUCGUUUCAGCUCUACCUAUAAUACAUGUUUUUUGGACAGUUAUUUUGAGAUUUGGGGGGCAUUUAGGGGUACUUAAAGGAUUAAUUCCAACUUACCGUAUUUUUCGGACUACAAGUCGCACCUGAGUAUAAGUCGCACCAGCCAUAAAAUGCCCAAAGAAGAGAAAAAAAACAUAUAAGUCACAUCAGAGUAUAAGUCGCAUUUUUGGGGGAAAUUUACUUGAUAAAAUCCAACACAUAGAACAGAUAUGUCAUCUUGAAAGGUGAUUUAAUAUAUAAAACAAAAAAAAAUGAGAACAACAUGCUGAAUAAGUGUAGAGUGUACAGUGCAUGAAGAACGAAAUGCGAAUAUACUGUCCUCACCAGGACGCUACGGCUCAGUCCUGGCUAUACAGCGGGCUAAACUCCCAAAUGAAGAUGCUGGACGUCCGUAUAAUUUGCUGAAUCAAUUUAGUCCUCGAUAGCAAACAGGUUUGCAUCAACGUAAAUAAAUGAUAAUUUGGUGCUAUAACAGCAAUGACACAAACGGUUAGCAUGCGUUCGCUUGCAUUAGCACAUCAUUCAAACAACCACACAACUGGCUCUAAGUGUCCGAUCGCGGGUGGAAAACACACAACAACAACAGAAAAGAUACACACAGGCGUUGCCUCUGUAGAGAUAUUUUACAAGCAUAAACAAUGAACGUAGGUUCGCAGCCGUGUUUCUCUCUCGCUAACUCGCCCGCUCACUCAGAGCUGCGUAGCUGUCCAUCUUCUUCUGGAGCGUGAGCGCUCUCCUUCACGUAAACAAGUGCAAGUGCACCCCCACGUGGGCGUGAAAGCGCCACAAACUAAAAGCAUGCAUUUCAAUAUAAAAAAAGUCAAUAAUACAAUUGAACACACAUUGCCAAAGGCAGAGCGCGAACGUGGCCAUAGCUAUUAAGUUAUUCAGAUAACUAUAGCAUACAGAACAUGCUAACAAGUUUACCAAACCAUCAGUGUCACUCCAAAACACCAAAAUAACAUGUGAAAUGAUAUCAUAAUGUGUUAAUAAUUUCACACAUAAGUCGCUCCUGAGUAUAAGUCGCACCCCCAGCUAAAGUAUGAAAAAAACUGCGACUUAUAGUCCGAGAAAUACGGUAUGUGGAAAUUUGGGUUACGUCACCAGCAUAGUGUUGAAAUUCACCUCCCCAGUCAAGCCGCACGGAAACAGCGACAGCCAAACAAAGUGCCGCUCUGCCGAUGCUGCCUCACGUGCGCCAACCGGGAAGGCGGAAUUUCACGCGUUCAUCUCUGAUGUUAACCCUUUGUACUGACUCCAUGUUCUAAAAGUUGAAAAAGACUCGCCGAAAGCAGGUUGACAAUUUAUUCGUCGACAAUGGUCAAAAACAAGGCAAAAACAGACGACGGAGGGACAAUUCUGGAUCCAAAACAAGGCUACAUGUUUCCCAGCAACAAAACCUGUGUUAUCUCAGUGUCCAGUGUUUUUAAGUCCGUGAUGUAGUGGGCCGGCUGAAGGUGUGUCCGGGCGUUGCUUUGGGAUCAUCCCUCUCUGGCCGGUUUCGGGUUGUUUAGGUUCGUGCGUGGAUGGGACGUGGUUGCCGCAGUGACAGACGCUGGUCUUGACGUCCCAAGCACCUGCUAUCAACUUUGUUAUCCGGGCUGGCUCUACUUGUUGUCGGACAAAGAGCGCUUUGUCCUUGCAGAACUAAUUUGCAAGUUUUGGUGCAUCAAUCUUGCUCGUGGCGCACACGUUGGGCUUCUAUGAUAAGAUGGCGUUGUGUAUUUAUUCUGCUUCUUUUCAUUAAACUAUGGUGUGCUAUCUAUUCUACACUAGGUGUGUCAGAGCAGUACAGUCCCACAGUAAAUAUGAGAAAUGAUAUUAUUCCGAUUAAUUGUAUUCCGUGUGUUCGAGUAAUGCAAACAGUUAGACGGUGCCCACGAGAAACGGUACCAUUUUUCCAUUUCCCCCUCAGGAGCCCCGAUAAGGUGAUUAACUUUACUGUGUCAAGGCCACUGAGUGAAGUAUGCCUAAACUAUAGCUAAAUGAAUGUGUUGGACCAGACAUGUCCAAAGUCCGGCCCGGGGGCCAAAUGCGGCCCGUGGUCGGAUUUCAUCCGACCCCCAGCCUCUGUCAUAAAAUCAAUAUCGUCUGGCCCGCACACAGACUUAAUAAAUUGGUCAGCAGUACUGCUCCAAGCCUAUGAAGUAGCUUACACACUAAAUGCUGCUCCUCAUUUACCCACUAAAAGGGAGCAGCACUCUAAGCAACAUUACCACAUGUGACCCUUUACUCCCAAUUUUCUAAAAUGUCGACAAUCAACAAAAAAAAAAAGUUGACCGUAACGGCUGGCGCUUCAAGGAUAGGUGGAAACUGGGCUAUUUUGUCACUAAAAUACGCAACGACUGUGUCUGCCUCAUUUGCAAAGAGACAGUCGCUGUUUUUAAAGAGUUCAAUAUGAGGCGAUAUUACCAAACAACACACGCUGACAUGUACGACAAGAUUACAGGGUAGAUACGUAGCGAGAAAUUGAAGCAACUUGAAGCUAGUUUAAUUUCACAGCAGUAUUUCUUAAGAGCCCAAGAGUCGAAAGAGGACGCCACAAAGGCGAGUUGCGAGAUUGUUGAAAUUAUUAAUUAAAAAAAAAAAAAAAAAAAAAAA